AUGAUUCCGUCACCUCUGGCACUAGAACAGGCUAUUGGGGAUCACUCAACUGGUUACCGUAAUGGACUCUCUCCAGUUCUGCCCGUGUUAUCACAGCGCGGGCCUUCCUGGGGUGGCCUACUAAAUGAGUUUGAACCAAAGCGAAACGAGAAUCGAGCCCAUGAUACCAUCCAAGAGGCAUGUCUCUUGAGAUACUAUGUCGACGAACUUGCACAUUGGUUUGAUAUAUGCGAUCCUCAAAGUCGGUUCCAGCUCCUUGUUCCCGAACGGGCAAGGCGAUACCCGCCGUUACGCUUUGCAAUCUAUGCUGUCGCAGCGCGCCAUCUCUGCCGCCUCCCAGAGUUGAAAACGUCCAAAGGAAUAGUUUACCAUGGUCAACUACUUCCAAAUCUAACACCAAACACUGCCGUCGAAUACAUGUUGAAAUGCAUUCCUGUACUCAAAGAGUUUCAUGAGACUCGGGACGAAGAAACCCGAGAAUUGAUCGUGACAACUGCAGUGAUUCUGCGCCAGUUUGAAGAGAUGGAAGACGAAGAUGAUGAGGAGAUUAACAUGGGCGAUGCUGAUGGGGAGUACAACAGCACUCCAAUCUAUGGACGGGUCAAUUUUCUUGCCAUCCUCAACGAGGUACUCAGGAGCUCUAAUUCGGCUGACUUGGUCCAACGCUUAGAACUUCUGAAUGCCUCGUAUUGGAUUGCGUUGAGGCAGGAAGUGUACUUUGCCCUUCGGAAGGGCUACUCGCCGCAGAUGGUCGAACCCCCGGUCGAGUGGGCCGAUAUAUCUCCAGAAAACAAGCUGGUGAUCCAUACCAGUCAGGUUGCCAAGUGGCGUUUUGAUGGCAGGUCGGAAACCGAAUGGCAACGAUUGAAGGAACAAGAGAAGUAUCUCGACCAGCAUGUGGUAGGCGGACUCUCGCCGAUUCUAUCUCUAUCUCCAGACAAAGCAAAGGGUGAAGUAUUCCCGGCUAUCUGGUACUCGUCAACGAUGGCACUCACUGGGAUGCAACACCACAUGGUGGCCAAGAUGAUACUGACCGCCGAAUCACCGUUCCUUGGGAGAAAUCACCCAGAUGCCCGUCUCGCGUAUCGAGAGGCAGAGGGCGAAGUUCGAUCACUUGUUCUGGAUGUCUGCGGCAUCGCUCUGCAGCACCCUGGUACACCACCGGCCAUGGUCAAUGCUGCUCUUGCGAUACAGCUGUACGGCAGCUAUUUCACUGAUCCAUGGGACAGGGAGGCUUUGAGAGGGAUCGUGCAGAGGUUCAAGGAUAAGCGGGCGUGGCCAGUUCCCAAAGCGUUGCAAACAUUCCGAUAG